AUGAAUGGCAACGCAUGCGCCGCUCCUCCCCCCGUGGCGCUGGGCUGGCCGGCGGCGGCGGCAGUCGGUGCAGCCGUGCGGUGCGGUGCGGGCGAGGUGGCGCGGCCGUCCGUCCGUCCGUCCCGUCGCAUCCCUGCUGCUGCUGCCGUGCGGGGCUUUGUGCGCGGCUCGCCUGCUUUGCCCUGCGGCGGGGGUCGCCUGGGUCUCCGGGGGGGGGUCGGGGGGAGGGGGCGGCGGAGCAGCCAAGGAGCCGGAGAGCAAAGGAAGAAGGGGGGGGGGUCGGCGGAGGCGCAUAAAAGGCGUCCUCCCGGGCGGCUCCGCCAUCCACUCGCGGCGCAACAGCCGGCCGGACAGCAGCAGCAGCCGCCGGGUCCGCGGAGCGCGUGGGAGCGGAGCGGAGCGAGCCCCUGGCGCCGGGGGGUCCGGAGGCAUGCCCCCGCCACGCCGCCCGCCGCCGCCGGAGCUCGCCCUCGCCCUCCUGCUGGCGCUGCUCGGGCUCAGGAGCCAGGUACGUCGCCCUCCGACCACCCACCCACCCACCCACCCACCCCGGGCUUUGCGGGGCCGGCGUCCGGGAUGCUGCCGCGCGCCCCCUCCCCUCCGCAGCGCCCUUUCCCAGGCGGGCUGCCCCACCCAAGACUUGCCCCCUAA